GGCGUCGACGGGCGGCGGCCCGUGCUUAGGUAUUUGCUAUUUGAUCGUUUUGAUGUGUACACAAUAAUAUGUUGCCGCCGUAGUCACCGCCACCACUCACCUUCCCAUCCGUUUACUCGGAUGAGAUCAUCAGUCUUAGUGUGCGGUAAAAGAGAAGUGAAAGGGAAAAUUGUAUUUAUUAAUAUUAUUAUCAUCAUUAUUUUCUAUAUCUAUAAUAAUAAUAAUAAUAAUAACGAUAUUGGUCCAUCGCUGUUGAACCAGACACUGUAGGCACACCGUUCCAUUAUCAAUAUUAUUAUUAUUAUUAUUGCCGUGUAGGUAAUAGGUAUUCCGCUUUCGAUUCAACAGUUCAACAGUUGUAAUCGGGCGCAGAGUGAACGAAAUCAAAAAGCGGUGUCUGUCAUACGUAAAGGAUUAUCAAAUUGUUCGUCUGGAGCUAUACGUUUUACGUUUUGAUAAACGAAAAAAUCGAAUCAAUCGAGUUUUGUGGUGUUACAUUGUGACCAUAGUGGUAGUUUAUAUCCAUCCAUUCAUUCACCAUCUACAAUAUUGUCUUAAACGGUUGCUACUGUGCUGUUGUUUCUUUGUUUUGGCAUUGGUUUGAAGAUGAACAAAAAGUGUGCCAGAUGCGAUAAAAUCGUUUAUCCCAUUGAAGAGCUCAAAUGUCUUGAUAAGGCUUGGCAUAAGCAAUGUUUCAAAUGCCAGUCCUGUGGCAUGACAUUAAACAUGAGAAAUUACAAGGGAUUUAAUAAAGAGCCUUACUGUGAAGCACAUAUUCCAAAAGCAAAACAUACAACUGUAGCUGAAACUCCGGAGUUAAAAAGAAUUGCUGAAAAUACAAGAUUACAAUCAAAUGCUCAAUAUCAUGCUGAGUUUGAAAAGACUAAAGGAAAACUAACACAAGUUGCAGAUGACCCAGAAACAUUGAGAAUAAAAGCUAAUUCAAAAAAUAUAAGUAAUGCAGAGUAUCAUGGAGAUUUUCUGAAAAAAGCAGAGAUGGAACAGCGUAGACAUUUAUCAAAUGGAAACAAUGCAGCAAAUAAUAAUGAACCAUUAAAGAAAAAUGUUAUUGCGAACAAAACAAUUCAAGAUAUUGAUCAUAGUAACGUUAUUAAACAAAAUAAAGUACAGCAAAGCUAUAACAAUGGAAACACUAGGUAUGUGCCUCAAAAAGUUGAAAGUACACAGCAUCAUAAUAGAGCAGAAGAUUCUUCAGCUAAAAUCCCUGCAUGUUUAAAUCGUCAAUCUUCGACUUUAAUUUAUUCAUCUGAUAGUGGAGAUUUAAUUAACAAUGCAUACAACAACCACAUUGGUUCAAUAGCUGACUAUGAUCCUAUUAAAAAACAACCGUCAUAUGGUGGCGUUAAGUAUACUAACAAUUCUGAAAGUCAAAACUAUAACCUUGGGAGAGUUUACCGAGCCAUGUAUGAUUAUGAAGCUCAAGAUUUGGAUGAAGUUUCGUUUACUGAUGGAGAUUUAAUUGUCAAUUGUGCUGCUAUAGAUGAUGGUUGGAUGACAGGUGUUGUACAAAGAACAGGUGAAUCUGGUAUGCUACCAGCUAACUAUGUUCAACCUGCAGCUAUUUAAUUUUGUUACAUAUUAUUUGUUAAUGUUUUUGAUAUGGUGAAAACAAUAAUUUUAUAUUAAUAGUAAUUUGUUUCUACUAAUUCCCAAAACUAAUUUAUAUUUAUUGCUGCAGCUAAAGAAAUUAAGAGCAACUAAUUUAUGUGAUAUCAAACUUGUUAAACUAGAAUUAUUAUAAGAUCACAUAUCAUAAAUAAAUUAAAAAAGACAUUCCUAAACUAAAAAAAAAAAACUAUUAAGUAAAAGAAACAUUCCAGUAUUUAAACUAGUAUUGACAUAAUUUAAUUGUAUAACUUAAAAGUAAACUUUUUAUUAUUUGCACCAAAAG